UACAGUUCUACUAAUCAACAUGGAUAAGUCAACUACCUUUGAUGUCUCUGUUGUCAAUGACUUGAAUAUGUACGCUGAAAGUGUUGCGUCUGUUGAGUAUAUAAAUCCAAAUCCUGAUAGUGUUGAGUCUAUACAUCCAAGAGAAGAGUACCAUUUGACUCCAAAAGAUGGAAACAUUCAGAGUGAUGUCUUGUUGCUAAAUGGAACUCCGUUGAAGCUCACUUCCUCAUUGGACAUCCCGGUAAUGAAGCCUAAGCUCGUUGAUCCAACAUUGCCCAUCAGUGUUGCUCCUCAAUCUAUCGUCUUUGCUACCCUGAGAGGGUUCCAGGCUCCUGCUUGUGCAUAGAGAAUUCACAGAGUUUAAUUUAUUAGUUUAGUUUUUAGAUAUGGAUAAAUACAUUAGGUCCUUCUUAUCAAUAUGUUUAGAAGUUUCAGAUUAAACUUUAGUUUAUUUUAUUGUUUUAGUAAAGUUGCUUUAUAUUACAUUGUCAGUUUUGCUUUCUUUAUUUCCUCUGUUGGUUUCUGAUUAAGGAAUUUGAAUCUAUAUAACCUGAAAAGAACUCAAGAUUCCUACUUUUUCAACUUUCUCGACAUACCUAAAGUACCGCGGUUUUUCGAGUUUCAUACCUGAGUAUCCUACCUGAACUGAGGUGUGCUUUGAUAAAUAGUAGGUGAUAGUACAAGUAUGAAACUCGA